AUGGCAGACUUGGAGCACCUCCCCGCGUCCUUGGAUAUUUUAUAUACCAAUUUAUCGAAUUCCACAUUCUCCAGUUAUGAUGCGCUCCAUCUUUCAGAUGACGCAUGUUGCGCCAUCCUACAUCUCCCACUCACCCAAAUGGUCUGCGGCCGUGUUGAACAAGAGCAGAUCUCACUAGAUGCAAAGGAAUGCCUCAUGAAUGGCCAGUUAUCGUAUAUUGAUUUUCUCGUCAAAAGUGUCGACGUGAUUCUCCGUGCUGAGGGUGCCGCUGGUGCAUCACGUACCUGUUCCCAGCUCCUCCACAUUGCAGUCGCGGCCUUGUCCGCAUUUCUUCAGUCAAAUGUUACUGGUCCUCCAUUGCCCUUUCGGUCCGCUGAUCUUCUGAUCGCUGACUUCUUAAUGGAAAAGGGUGGGAGAGGAGCCGGUGCGGCUGAAACUCUGCAGGCUCUGCGUGAGUCGAUGGUGCGCAGCCUGACUGUUGAUGGCGAAGCAGCAUAUAAACUCACGCCCAACGUUGAGCUAUUCUGCCUAGCCAAAGCGAUUCUAAAUCAUCCGGCUAUUGUUCCCUCCUCCACCGGUGAGAACGAGACGGUUAAAAAUACACCAUUGCUUGCCUGGACGUUUCGGAUGAGAGUUAACUUCUUGCAUCAAAAGAUGCUUUCGGAAAAUACCACGACGUUGCAGUCACUUAUUUACAUGGACUUGGACUUUUUGGGUGAUGAGAUUUUACAGGCUGAUACUGCAGCUUCGCGAACUGUGGAGGAACGCGCGAGAUUUCUAUUAGAAAGAGCAACGAUCCAUACGCAUCAUGGUUUAGACACCAAGGCCAGGGCAGACCUAGAGCAUGCUGCACAUGAAACUGGGUUCCAAUAUGCACUGACGGGGAAGUUGGGGAAGCGGACCAAAUUUCAGGAUCGAGAUAUUAGUCAACUUGUUGUGUUGGCGAAAAGCGCGGAUGGAGGGCAUAUAUUAGAGACACCAGCUGAUCAAGAACAGAAAACUCUGACACAGAAGAAAAUACGGGACACAGGAGCAGCAAGCUCCAAGCCUAAUAAUCUGGAUUUAAACGACGACACACUUUUGGAGGCUAUAUCUUUCAGGAAAGACGAGCCAGUAGAGGAACAGGAGAGAUCGAUGACGAUUGAGGACCAUUCUACUCUACCCCCGGUUCUCGCAGCUCUUGAUCCCUCAGACCAGCCAAAACUGAACACGUUGGAUUCCAUUAUCCUCCUUUCGAUUGCAUCAGCAAUAACCAAUACCUCACCACAACAUGGACUCACGAGAGAGGAAACAUUACCCUACGCGACACGAGUUCUCGAUGAUGGAAGCUCGAACUGGCAGGUCUAUUCUCAGGCUCUCCUAGUUCGAAGUAAGAUCGAAGGGUACCGAUCACGAACAGCGGAACGGGGUUUGCUACAGCUACAAGCACUAGUCGACCAGGUUAUUGCUGACACAGCAUCCGAUCCCAUUCCCAAUACCGGUGAAGCUUCUGAGCAGGCUUCUACUUUCCUUCCUCGCCCUGAAGCAUCAGAGUCAGCACCUGCAAUGGAUCGGCUUGAGUAUAUUUGGCUUCUCAACUUCUCUACCAGAUGGGACCUCGAGGCUGAACUUGCUUCCCGAUGGGUUAGUCUGGGCGGUCUCCGCAGUGCCCUUGAUAUCUAUGAGCGACUGCAAAUGUGGGCGGAAGCGGCCUUGUGCUAUGCCGCUACAGACAGAGAAGAUAUGGCUAGAAUUAUGGUGCGGAGGCAGUUAUUCAAACGGAAGAAUCCAAGCUCUACUGAUGGCAACGAUGUUUUUGAAGGUGGUGAACUCCCACAGCUCCCCGUGGAUGCCCCGCGCCUGUUUUGUAUUCUGGGUGACAUCGACAAGGACCCUACAAUGUAUGAACGCGCAUGGACAGUUUCGAAUCAGCGAUAUGCUCGUGCCCAACGCUCCCUCGCGCGCCUUUAUCUAUCUACUAAACCUCCUUCAUUUGACAAAGCAGAGGAAGCAUACUGCAAGAGUUUGGCUAUCAACCGUCUCAACCAUAGUGCCUGGUUUGCGCUUGGGUGCGUGCGGCUUGAGUUGGAGAAAUACGAGGAUGCUGUGGAAUCGUUCACUCGAAGUGUGCAGUUGGAGGAAACAGAUGCUGAGGCCUGGAGCAACCUUGCUGCAGCGCUAAUCAAUCUUCCUCCACCAACCACCACCACAGAACCAGUCACAAUUGCCGAUCAGAAUACAAUAGAUGUUCGUGGAGAGGAGUCAACUCCCGUUCCACAAAGGCCUGACCUACACAAGCAUAAACGCGAAGCCCUUGUCGCCCUGAAACGAGCCGCCAAAUACAAACACAACGACCACCGCAUCUGGGACAACCUGCUGACAGUCAGCGCAUCCAUUCCGCCCCCGGACACCCCCUUUCGCGACAUCAUCUACGCUCAGAAACGCGUCAUUGAUCUCUGCGGUCCCAAGAAGGGUGAAAAAGCGGUCGACGUUAACAUCCUCACCAUGCUUGUCGACACCCUUAUAGCGGAUCAUGAAGUUAGUAACUCCAACCAUGGCGUAUCGAAAUUCAUACCUACGCCCCCGCCCGCAACUGUCUUCCGCCGGGGCACGAUCCCGGCCCUAAUCCUCAAACUCCUCGACGAAGACGUCGUCCCGCUCAUUACACACUCAGCGCAACUAUGGCUGCUCAUUGCCAAGGUAGAGGCGUGGCGGAAUAGACCGUCGCGCGCACUGGCGGCGCAUGAGAAGGCGUGGCGUGCUACUGUCGCAUCAUGCACGCAGGGGGCGUUCCAGUUGGGCUAUGAAAAGAAAUGGGUGGAGGUAGUGGAGGCGACUGAGCGAGUUGUCCAUGAGGGCUAUGCUGUCUUCGGGCCUAUGGAUAAGGAGAAAGAAGGGACCGCAAUUCCGGAGGAGGGAGGGAAGGCAGACGGGAGUCGUGGAGCAGAGUUGGUCGCGAAAGAUUGGAGACUUAAAUCGCGUAGUGCGGUGCGGAGUGUACAGGGCAAGGGGAAGGAGUUUUGGGAGGAAACUGAUGGUUGGAGGCGAUUAAAAGAGCUGAGUGCUGCAGUUGCUGGCGGUAAUUAA